AUGGAACCCGUGGGACUUGCCGUUGGGAUCACGGGGCUCGCAGGUCUCUUCAGCACGUGUCUGGAGAUCGUCGAGAAGGUGGAUUCCUACAGGGAUUUCAAGCACGACUCACACUCGCUGAAUGUCCAGUUUCAGGCCGAAAAACGCCGUUUUGAACAAUGGGGCUCUGCCAUCGGCAUCAACAAUGGCACAUUAUCGGGCACCCACCACCCCGCCCUCAACGAUCCACAAACGUCGUCGACGGCGACAGAACUCUUGUCGCUCAUCAAAAAGAUAUACACGGACGCCGACAGCGCCGCUGUUCAACUCUCACUGCCGAGCAGUGCCAAUUCUGCCAAAGACAAGUCUUCCACAGCCGAUCAUGUGCAACAUCGCUGGGGUGCCCAGCCGAAUUCAACGAGGCGAAAGAUCGCUUGGUCCCUGAGGGGCAAGGUGCGACGCAUUGCUCAGGUCGAACAGUUCGGUGUCCUGGUGCAGCAUCUACAUAACAUCGUUCCUCCCGAGGGUGCGAAAAGUACAUACGCUGCACAUGGAGUAUCAACAAAGGGCCAAGGCCUUGGACGUCUGCAAGGUUUGCAUGCCAGCACAUCCCCUGGCCCCGAAACGCGACGGGACCUGCGCUCCUGGUUGGGCCGCCACUCUCCCAACGACCGGUACAUCGAGUCGGUCCAGAAACGGCUCAGUGGUACCUGCGACUGGAUCCUGAGCCGGCCAGCCUUUCGAGAGUGGCUGUCUCUCGAUCGUGCGCCAAGCUCCGCGAACGUGCUCUGGAUCAAUGGUCGCGCGGGGCUCGGGAAGACCAUACUUUGCGCUAGAGUGGUUGAACACCUUCUCGAGACGCUUGACACCCCAGUCGCCCAUUUUUUUUUGUCGUCCGAUUUUGAGACGCGCAACGACCCUUAUGCGGCGAUCCAAUCGUGGAUAGAUCAGGUGAUGACGCGCGACAACGGCGCGUUGGACUUGGUUCGCAAAAGGUGGCUGGUCCAAAAUGAACAUGUCGCAACGCGAGCGACCACCAUUCAAGUAUUCCAGGACAUCGCACAAGCUGUACCGAGUUGCACCUUCAUUCUGGACGGACUGGACGAGUGCGCGUGGAUGGGAGGUGGCCAAAAUAGGAGCGACUCUGUGCCCGGGUUCCUCGAAACCAUCAUGCGAGUGGUGACAGGCAGCACCGCCCGAGUCAUGGUCGUCAGUCGCAACGAGCCAGAAAUCCGGGAUGUUAUCGGUGACGCAAGAACCUGCCUACAGCUCGAGAUUUCAACAGAAGAUGUACUAUCCGACACCGUACAGUAUUCUAGAAGCAUUGUGGAUAGGAGGCUUCACAAAAAGGACGAAGCUACGAAGGACGAUAUCGCCCAGAGGAUGGCAGACCGUUCCAACGGCCAGUUUCUCUGGCUCAAGCUACACGAAGACUCCUUGCGCAGCUGGAAGAAUAAGAAGCAACUCGAAGUUGCUAUUGACAAAACGCCGCCCGGGCUUGAACACGCUUACGAACGAAACUGGUCCAGGAUAUCACGACUGCCUGAAUGGAAGAGAACCCGCGCAUUUUCCCUGCUCCGCUGGGCCGCGUUCGCGCUAAGACCCCUGACCGUUGCUGAGAUCACCGAGGCCGUUCUGAUUAACGACGAAGACGAUGAGUUUCCUGCAGCAGAGCUGCCCGACCGCGUGGAUGAUGAGUAUAUCGAUGAGGAGAUUUUAUUCCCUUGUGGAUCUUUAGUAGAGGUCCGGAGCACGUCGACAGAUGCUCAUGCAGGAUUACGGACCAUACAUUUAACCCACUUCACUGUCAAAGAAUACAUACUCAUCAAUCUCGCUGCUCAAGCAGCGCCUCUAGCGGCAAACGAACACCUGCAGGCUUCGUUCAUAGCGCUUCAAAGCACGGAACUCGCGAGGAUCUGUCUUUGUUACGUCAAUUACCAGCGCGUGUGGGACGACUCUGUAUCUGGAGAGGAGAGCCGUGUGCAGAAGUCGUUUCGAGAUUAUGCCGCGCGCUCGUGGUAUCAGCACGCUGCUCUGGGCAAGAGUGACAGUCAUGUCUUCACAAGAAUGAUGCUUAAGUUUUUUGAUACUAAAAGCCCAUCUUGGGAAAGGUGGAGAGAAUGGUUCGAAUUAAAUGACGGCACAAUUGGGGAAACCGAAGAAAGAGAUAAUAGGCCGGCUAGCCCUUUAUUCUAUGCUGCGGCGCUGGACUUCGUUGGGGUUGCAAAAAGUCUCAUAAUGAAUUGCAACCACGAGGUUAACGAAAAGGGCAAAUUGGGCAGGACUGCAUUGUACAUCGCCUGCGAAAAUGGGAAUAUUGAUAUGGCAGGGAUGCUUAUUGACAGGGGAGCCGACAUCAGAGCUGCAAACGACGACGGAUGGACACCACUCUACUCCGCAUCAAACAACGGCCAUGUCGAUGUAGUCAAAUUGCUUCUAGAGAAAGGGGCCGACGUCACAGUUGGGAGUACCAACGGAUGGACACCG